AAGAAAACAGUUAGAGUCUCCGCCAUUGCGGUCUUCUGCGCUUUGUUUUCCAAAUUUGGAAAAGUGACGUUAAACGCACUUCUUCUUUUGUUGGUUAUCGUGUUAAUUAUUUAGUCAGCCACAGUCGGGAAAAAAACUCUCUGUUGGUAUUUAGUACGUAGGGUUAACAAUCGUCGCCUUCAUUCGGUAGGGUGUGGUUCAGAAACAAUCUACGAAUAUUACAAGAAAUCGAAAUUAGGUUUCGUUGAAAUCUGCAACAGUAUGAAGCUCAGCUUCAAAUUCUUUCAGAUUGUUCUGCUAAUAUACGGAGUGUGUGUUGCUGAAGCAGAUGAAGUGAAGACAGUGUCAGUGAUGGAGGGAGAAUCUGUCACACUAAACACUGGUCUUGCUGAAACACAGGGAAUAAUUCUGAUUCUGUGGAGGUUUGGAGAGUCAGGUUCCACUAUCGCUCAAAUCGAUGAAAAGGAUAUCUCAUAUCCCAGUCACAUUGACUUAUUUGCAGGGAAACUGCAGCUGGAUCAGACGGGAUCUCUGACCAUCAAGAACAUGAGACCCAAACACUCUGGACUUUAUAAAGUACAGAUCGACCUCAGCUCUGGGACCUCACGUAUGAUAUUCAAUGUUACUGUCUCUGAGUCUCCAUCUGUUGUUGAUGUUGGUGAAGCUGAAAUGAAGAGCGUGUCAGUGUUUGAGGGAAACUCUGUGACUCUUCAGACUGAUGUUACUGAAACACACGGAGAUGAGCUGAUAGUGUGGAGGUUUGGAGAUGAAGGAAAACUCAUAGCUAAAUAUGAUGUAGUCAAGAGCUCACCAUUACUCGACACUGAUGAGAGAUUCAGAGACAGACUGAAGAUGGAUCAUCAGACGGGAUCUCUGACCAUCACAUACACCACAAACACAGACUCUGGAGAAUAUACAUUGAAGAUCAACAGCAACAGACAGACCCUAUACAAGAGAUUCAUUGUUACUGUCAGUGCUUUUCCAUCUUCAGGUCCAUCUCCAGGUGCUAUCGUAGGGAUAGUUGUUGCUGUUCUGGUGGCUGCUGCUCCUGUUGUUGCUGUGAUUUUCAAGCGCAACAGAAGGUCUGAACGACAAAAACAAAUAGAUUCAAUGAAACCUGAGACUGUUAAAUGUAAGGAGGGAGAAUGUGCUGUCCUACGGUCUUAUCAAGAGCUUAUAAAGAGAGGUGUUCAGAUGCGGUGGACACGUGUCUUCGUUAAAGAGUCUGCUAUUGCUUCAAUUAGUAAAACUGACAAGAAGAAGACCUAUUGGUGUGAUGAGAGAUUUGGAGGCAGACUUCAGCUGGAUCCUCGGACUGGAUCUCUGAUCAUCAGAAACCUCCGAAAGACAGACGCCGGAGUUUAUGUUCUAGAGAUCAAAAGCAGAGGAGGGACCAUAUACAAAAAAUAUGAAGUUAUUAUCUCUGGUGAAGUGGAGAUGAAGUCAGUGAAGGAGGGAGGUGAUGUCACUCUAGAGCUAUCAGAAGAUGUGAGUGAUAUAGAGUGGAUAUUUACAGACAGUGAUUUCAGUAAUUAUCAACUAUUAAUCAGCAAUGUAUCUGAGUGUCCUGAUGGGAGAUUCAGAGACAAUCUUCAGCUGGACAAAGAGAAAGGAUCUCUGACCAUCAAGAACAUCAGAACUGAACACACUGGACUUUAUGUUGUAAACUUUGACUCAUUAUCAAAUCCCGAUUUGAACUUCAAGCCAUUCGGAGUUGUUUUUGAUGAUUUCACUGAGACCUCUGAGAAUGAAUCAGUGAUUACAGGUUUUCUGGGUCGAAUCCUGAGGUUUUGUGGACAAGCAAGAACUGAGGGAGUGUUCGGAGAUGAAAAAGAUGAAGUGAAGACUCUGUCAGUGACGGAGGCAGGUGAUCUCAAACUAAGAACUGAAACUGAAAUAGAGACAGAUGAUGAGAUAAUCUUGAGGUUUGGAGAAUUUAAAGACAGCCCGUAUAUUACCUUAGCUAGAUUCAGUAAGCCGGGCGAUGAAUUUAUAUCUGAGAAUUGGGGAUUGAAAGACAGACUGCAGUGGAAUCUCACUGGACCUCUCACCAUCACCAUCACAGACUUCAGCUACGCAGACUGUGGAGAUUAUUAUGUACAAAUCACCAACAAGAAAAAAAACAGCUUCAAGUCUUUCACAUUCAUUGUUGUUCGCAGGGGUGCUGUGAAGUCAGAGCUAGUGAUUGAGGGAGAUUCUAUAAAUCUAGUACCUCCCAUUAGCGAUUUACAAAAAGAUGAUCAGGUUCUGUGGACAUUUGGACCCCAUGGCAUGAUCAUAGCUGACACCAACACCACUAGAUGUGUUGGAAGAUUCAAAAGCAGAGUGAAGCUGGACAAGACGACUGGAUCUCUGACCAUCACAGAGAGCACAACAGCAGACACUGGAGAGUAUAAUCUACACAUCAUCAGCAGAGACAGAGUCACACAUCAGAGAUUCAAUGUUACUGUUGAUGAAUCAUGGGACAGACCUGCUCUUCCUCCUCCUUCACAGGAUGAGCCGGAAUCAGUAUAUGCGAACGAUACACCGAUCCUCCAGAUGCAGCCUGAUUCCUCAGGAAACAGAAAGAAUGAAUCAGUGACUGUAGUGAUGCCGCUGCUGCGUGGAGAGAAUGAACAGGAGGGGAUGAGUUCGCUUUAAAGAGAUACGACACGCCCACCAGUGUCAAUUACUCUGACAUCAUCAACAAUUCAGCUCCAGCUACAACAACAAAACACAUUUCUGCUUAUAUGAGCCUUAAAGUGAGAAAUUAAUCAGAAAUGUCUGUUGAGCUGUUAAACUUGCAUGUAAAAAGCUUCUUUGGUUUCAGAUGAACAGGGAAAUGUGUUUAUCAAACAGUUUCAUUUUUAUAAUGUUACACUUCAUAUCUGUUACUCUAUUAACAUAAUACUCAUCUGACUUUUACAGAUUUGAUUUUAUGUGAUUGGUGACUGCGAGUUUAAGUAAAUAUGCUUUUUAUAAUUUGUUUUGCCGCAGCAGUAUUUCUAUAACCUGUGAAUGUGGUGUUUUAUGUUAAUAACACCAGUGCCAGAUUAAUGUGGAUGUUCAGCAUUGAUCACUGAGAUCACAUGACCUUUGUUACACUUUUAUUGUAAAAAAAAAAAAAAAAUACAACUACUUAAGUUGACUUUUUUUUUAUAUUACUUUCAUUGAAGUUUUAAAUGUGUGCCUUAUUUUGCUUUAGUAGUUAUGCUUCAAUAAGGGUCUGAUCUGAAGUGAAUCUGUUUAUCAAUUAGAUGUGAAUGUCAGAUUGUAAAUGUGAUCUGAAUUUGAUCUUGUUUGUAUUCAUGCUGAAGCACUUAAAAAUUACUCUUUAAAAAGAAGUAAAAAGAAGAAAAAGAAGUAUUACUCUUGUGGCAUUUAUAGCAAAAAAAAGAUGGAAAAAAAAACACCGUUGCUCAGUACUA